AUGACCGUUGGUGUUGUUGGCUACAGCACGAGCUCUCAUCGUAUCGCCAACACGUCGUCCUCGCCCAUGGGAAGUGUACCUUCAGGAUCAACCAAAGGUGCUGUUGAUAUAACUUUACGAUCCAAUCAUUCUGACGACCAGAUUGAUCUACAUGCGCAUGUACUGCAGUCUCUUACCGUCGAACUACCUCCAGUUGUCAUAAUAGGUCAAUCCUGGAACCACAUCGCAGAUUUGGAACUAGCAGACCCAGAUCAUCUAUCACCAGGUCGGAUUGACAUCCUCAUUGAAGCUGACUCCUAUGGCUUAAUCAUCAUUAAGCCUGGAGUAAUCACGGGAAACCCGAGCCAGCCUAUCGCCAUUCAGACUGUCUUUGGAUGGGCUGUUCUUGGACAGGCUGGUCCAUCUUCUAUCACCGCGCCUGCACAUCAAGGUCACCUCAUCUCAAACUUGCAGCUUCGCGAACUUGUUUCGAGAUUUUGGGAGCAGGAAGAAGUUCCAGCGUCUCACCAAGACUCUCUCAGUGCUGAAGAAGCCGAGUGUGAAGCUCACUUCAUCGCUACGCACUCUCGCGACAGCUCCGGUCGCUACAUCGUGCGAUUGCCCUUCAAAUCCAACGCUCCUCCACUUGGAUACUCGAAAGGUAUCGCACAACGAUCUCUAUCUCGACUACUUCAUCGCAUCGUCCAUCAACCUAAUCUUCACCACCUGUACACGGAGUUUCCCACCGAGUACGAGUCCCGGGGUCACAUGGAGAAAGUCCAAUCGCCUACUGCUUCAGCCGAUGUCUAUCACCUGCCUCAUCACGGAGUGAUGCGGAAUAACAAGAUCCGUGUGGUGUUCUAUGGCUCUAGUAAGACCACAUCAGGCUAUCCUCUCAACGAGCUGCUUCAUGUUGGUCCCAAGACUCAGAAUGACACCUUCGACGUGCUUUUGUAUGUCCGUCGUCAUCGCCUCAUCUUCACAACUGACGUGGAGAAGUUGUUUCGCCAAAUUCUCGUACAUCCUGAUGAUCGCAAGUUCCAACGCAUCUUGUGGAUUGAUGAUCACUCGCAAACACAAGAGUUUGAACUUUCCACUGUUACAUACGGAACUACAUCAGCUCCUUACUUAUCAGGCCACACCCUGAGACAACUACUGCUAGACGAAGGUCACGACUUUCUUUUAGCUGCUGAGCCGUUCGAAAAGGGAAGUUAUGUCGACGACAUUAGUGGCGGUGCUGAUGAUCUCGACCCUCUCAACACUAUCGCAAAUCAAGUUGAAGAAAUGUAUCUACGCGGAUGCUUCCCUUUGGCUAAGUGGAAUAGCAACCAUCCUGAUUUCUUCAAACUUAAUUUACCACAUCAACCAGCCUGGCAGUGUGCGCCAGAUCUGCUUAAGUUCACUGGUCAAUACACACAAAGAGCAGCUAUCACCAAACGCACCAUCUUAUCUGAAACAGCCCAACUGUUUGACCCUCUGGGCUUGAUUUCGCCAGUCAUCGUCCGCGCCAAGAUCUUAAUGCAAGAUUUAUGGCAAGAAAAGGUCGGAUGGGAUGACAUUCUCACGCCGCCAAUUAUUCAGCGCUGGACGUCGUUUCGCGAUGAGCUAUCCCAACUAUCUCAGCUAGUUAUUCCUCGAUGGCUCAAUCUACGCGCUGAUAGCUCGAAAGUCGGGGUACAUGGGUUUUCAGAUGCAUCUCAAGUUGCAAUGGCUGCUGCUAUUUACCUCGAGGUAACGACCCUUAACGGAUCAUCAACAUCGACUCUCCAGCUCCAACACGUUCCCGUCUCAUUGUGGACUGACUCUGCUGUGACCCUGGCUUGGAUUAACAGCGAUCCAAUGCGCUGUAAGGAGUUCGUGAAGGACCGAGUUCAAGAGAUUCAGCAAACCUCGCCAAACGCCAUCUGGAGAUUCGUCUCAGGGAAGCAAAAUCCUGCAGAUUGUGCUUCUCGAGGUUUUACACCGGCACAACUUAUCAAUCACAAACUCUGGUGGUCUGGACCCGACUGCCACGAUUCAACGGGCAGUGGCAUGCUUCAAGAAAGUUCCUGGAUCCAGCUUGGACUCAUUACCUCUAAAUCCUGCUGA